AUGCCCGGUCGCCGUGCAGCCUCGCCUACGCCCUCCGAGCCGGAGCUGGAUAUCCUCGACUCGCUGUAUCCCGGCGACGACGACAAUGGCGAGCAGGGCCUGGGCAAGGACGGCCAGGACGGCCUCGACUUUGACGGCCUUUUCAAUGCCGGCGCGGCUGGAGGCGGCGAGGACGACGACGAGGCGUACAUUGCGCUGCAGCAGGCGGCUUCAUACCGAAAGGCUUCAAACUUGAAGGGCAGGACAGUCAAGAAGGGCGGUGGCUUCCAGGCAAUGGGCCUCAAUGCAAACCUCCUCAAGGCCAUUGCCCGAAAGGGAUUCUCAGUCCCGACGCCGAUCCAGCGAAAGACGAUCCCCCUGGUCCUCGAGCGGAAAGACGUCGUCGGCAUGGCGCGAACGGGUUCCGGAAAGACGGCGGCCUUUGUCAUCCCCAUGAUUGAGCGGCUGCGCGCCCACAGCUCCAAGUUUGGCGCGAGGGCGCUGAUCCUCUCGCCCUCGCGCGAGCUGGCCAUCCAGACGCUCAAGGUCGUCAAGGAGCUCGGCCGAGGAACGGAUCUCAAGUCGGUGCUUCUGGUUGGUGGUGACAGCUUGGAGGAGCAGUUCGGCUUCAUGUCGGCGAACCCCGACAUCGUGAUUGCCACGCCCGGUCGAUUCCUGCAUCUCAAGGUCGAAAUGGGCCUUGACCUGUCGUCGAUCAAAUACGUCGUCUUUGACGAGGCCGAUCGGCUCUUCGAAAUGGGUUUCGCUACCCAGUUGACCGAGAUUCUACAUGCACUCCCUCCUUCAAGACAGACGCUUCUCUUCUCCGCGACGCUGCCCGCCUCAUUGGUCGAGUUUGCUCGCGCCGGUCUGCAGGAUCCUAGUCUUGUGCGACUCGACGCAGAUACCAAGGUCUCUCCCGACCUCGAGACUGCCUUCUUCUCCAUCAAGGGAGCCGAGAAAGAGGGAUCCCUGCUCCACAUCCUCCACGAUGUCAUCAAGGUCCCUCUGGGCCCACCCGCAGGCGCAAACGAGGAGACAGAGAAGAACUCCAAGAAGCGGAAGCGCCAGCCGGAAAACGGCGCCGGAAAACCCACAGAGCACUCGACAAUCAUCUUUGCCGCUACAAAGCAUCACGUCGAGUACCUGUACAACUUGUUGAAACAGGCCGGAUUCGCUACAUCCCACGUCUACGGUUCCCUCGAUCAGACCGCUCGACGGAUACAAGUCGAGGACUUCCGGAUGGGCAAGACGAACCUGCUCGUCGUCACCGACGUCGCCGCCAGAGGUAUCGAUAUCCCCGUGCUGGCCAACGUCAUCAACUACGACUUUCCUCCCCAGCCAAAGGUGUUCAUCCACCGAGUUGGUCGUACGGCUCGUGCGGGCCAGAGGGGUUGGGCCUACAGUCUGGUCCGAGACGUGGAUGCUCCGUAUCUGCUCGACCUGCAGCUCUUCCUAGGCAAGAAGCUGGUUGUCGGCCAGGCAGAAAAGGAGCCAUCCUACAGAGACGACGUCGUCGUCGGAUCUCUGCGGCGAGAUGCUGUCGGAACCCAUGUCGAAUGGAUGAACAAAUUCCUGGCCGAGAACGAAGACAUCGACGCCUUGCGAGUGGUUGCCACCAAGGCAGAGAAGCUCUACAUGAAGACGCGAAAUUCGGCCUCGAGCCAGAGCGCAAAGCGCGCAAGAGAGGAGGUGGCGUCCAAGGGCUGGUCGCAGCUGCAUCCGCUCUUUGGCAAGGACGUCGACGGCAUCGAAGAGGCGCGUGCCGCCAUGCUGGCCCGGAUCAGCAACUUCAAGCCCCAGGAGACCAUCUUCGAGGUCGGACAGGGCGACAAGGCGACGAGCGCGGCGGCGGAAGUCAUGAAGCAGCUCCGCAAGAGAGUCAAGCCGCGCAACCAGCAAGAAGCCGGCCACGACGAGGAAAUGGCCUAUUCAGACGACGACUAUGGCCGUGCUCCUCAGGCCCCAGACAGCGACAACGACGACGACGACGACGACGAGGAUGCGAACAUGGACGACGACGACGAUGACGAGCUCGAGGUAACAAUCACCAACACGGGCAACAACAACUCCAAGUCCAAGAAGGAAAAAGGCCGCACCGACUGGCGCGACAACGACGUCUUCAUGUCCUACACGCCGCGCACCGUCAACGCCGCCGAGGAGCGCGGCUACGGCGUGCACUCGGGCGGCCAGGGCUCCAGCUUCGUGGAGCUCGCCCGCGACGCCACCAUGGACCUGACCAACGACGACACGGCCAAGGCCUUCGGCGCGCCGACCCGCCCGCGCAUGCGCUGGGACGCAAAGGCCAAGAAGUACGUCAACAGCGCAAACGACGAGGACGGCUCCCGCGGCGCAAAGAUGAUUGUCGGCGAGAGCGGCGUCAAGAUCGCCGCCAGCUUCAGCAGCGGCCGCUUCGACAAGUGGAAGAAGGCCAAUCGCGUGCACAAGCUGCCGCAGGUGGGCGAGCUGGUCAAGCCCGGCAGCGGGAACGGCGUGGGCCAGCUGCCCUCGGGCGUGCGCUACAAGCACAAGAAGGAGCUCGCGCCCAAGGAGGCGGACAAGUACAGGGACGACUUCCUCCAGCGCAAGAAGAGGGUCAAUGAGGCGCGCGAGAAGAGGAUCGGCAGGUUCAAGGACGGCAUGGGCAGCAAGAAGGAGGUCAAGGGCGUUACGGACAUUCGCAAGGCUAGGGAGGAGAAGGAGAGGAAGAGGGCCAAGACGGGGCGGCAUGCGAAGGGACAUGACAAGAGGAGGUGA